AGUCAGCUCAUGGACAGAAGAGUUGAAUAACUACUAACUUUGCUGGUGGGAGGAACUGCUGAAUGUUCAGCCCUCUCUGAGUCUCAUUCCUUUACUUUUGAGAUCUUUAGACUAUCCUAAACAGUCACCAGAUGGGAGCUUUCUAUAACUCAGGUCUUGAUCAAGGCCUAGAAGGGUUGUCAGUUCUUAUACCUACCUCUUCUUAUACCUCAGGCUUCCCUUCAUUGAAGACUCUCCUUCCCUCCCCAAGAAACACACCAGUUCGUUAAUCUUUUUCUGCAAACAAGUCCUAUGUAUUUGUCUUCAACAGCAGUGGUGAAGGGCCUUGCAUCUGUUAUGCCCUGCUUGGCAGAGGUAAGCAGGACUGACGGUGGGCUCUAUUGCUUGUAAGGCUGAAUUGAUUCAGGUCUUCAGCUCCCCUCAGUGACUCCUGACUGGAUAUAUGUUCCUUCCUGCAGAGAGGAAGGCUUUGGCCUUGAUAAAGUCUUGACCUAGUAGGUCAAGUAACUGGGAGUUGGGCAGAGCUCCAGCGCACCAGUAAGCCCCAUUUCCAGGCAAUGUACAAACCAGGGCUUUUUAGUGCAGAAGUUAACCCGAGUCCCUAGAUUCCCAGGCUGUGUAGGCAGUACACCGUGCUACUUACUAUGCGUGAGCAGCCCAUAAUAUGGUCAUUUCUUACCUUCGCUGGUCUCAGUGUAGAGAUGAUUAUGUAAACAGUACAUAAUCAUACCCAGCCUCUUGGACUGACUAGUCAGGCCCUGUCAUCCCCAAGGACACAGUCUGGUCACUGACAACCACAUACUGAUAAUGUCACAAGCGGUGCCCAGAUGCUAAAGUUACUCCAUGCAGCCCAGACCCUGGGCAUCCUCAGUUGCGCGCCCACGCACCUAGUCGCUCCAGACCUCCAACCCUCCGGGACGCGGUACCCACAGUCGGGCGGUGUCCCUGCUUUCUUGGUCCCCAGCGGAUGAUGGCCGAGAGGCGGCUCGGGUUUCCCAGCCGGUGGGGUUAGGCCAACGUACGCCGGAAGUGGCGGCUGGGGCGGGAGCGCCGAGGUGUCGGCGGGCGGGGCAGCAGCCAGGAGCUGGGGGUCGGUGCGUUGGUCAUGUUUCCCUUCGGGCCCGGUAGCCCCGGAGGGGACAGGGCGGCCGGAGCCGGGGCUGAGGAGCCAGCACCCCACGCGAGACAGGCUGCGGCUGCCGGGCCGCUCCCUUCUCCGCCCCCGUCGCUACAGCCGGGGGCUGACGCAGCCCCUCCCCCGUCGCCCUGCGGGAGCCCUCGCCACCCCUGCGCCCCUUCGCAGCCCCAGGCUGGGCGCGCGGGGGAGCUCCGGCCGCCCGGAGCUCUAAAGCCCUCAGCCGCUUCCGCCCAGGAAGAGCAGUCACCGCCCUCCCCGCCGCGCCGGCAACCUGGGCCUGACUGCAGGGCCGGGAGCCGGGGCCGGCACUGCCUCAGCGCCCGCCUGGGCGGCCCUGGCGCCCAGCUGUUCGGGUGGCUGAGAGAGCGCAGCCUGGGCCGCGGGCUGUUCGUGGAUCCGGCACGAGACAAUUUCCGCACCAUGACUAACCUCUAUGGUUCCAUCCAUCCCGCGGACUCGGUGUACCUCAGCACCCGCACCCAUGGGGCCGUCUUCAACCUCGAGUACUCGCCCGACGGGUCAGUGCUGACAGUUGCUUGUGAACAGACUGAAGUUCUGCUUUUUGAUCCUAUAUCUUCAAAGCACAUAAAAACACUUUCUGAAGCUCAUGAAGACUGUGUAAAUAAUAUAAGAUUUCUUGAUAACCGGCUGUUUGCUACCUGCUCUGAUGACACUACAAUAGCACUAUGGGAUCUGAGAAAACUGAACAGCAAAGUAUGCACUUUACAUGGUCACACUAGCUGGGUGAAGAACAUCGAAUAUGAUACUAAUACAAGACUCUUAGUAACGUCAGGAUUUGAUGGAAAUGUCAUUAUUUGGGACACCAACAGGUGUACAGAAGAUGGGUGUCCACAUAAGAAAUUCUUUCACACACGUUUUCUCAUGAGAAUGAGAUUAACACCAGAUUGUUCCAAAAUGUUGAUCUCAACGUCCUCUGGAUAUCUCUUGAUUUUGCAUGAUCUUGACUUAACCAAGUCUUUAGAAGUAGGCAGCUAUCCCAUUCUGAGAGCAAGAAGAACAACAUCAAGUUCAGAUCUUACCACUUUGUCGAGUUCAUCCGGUCCUAGAGUUUCUGGUUCACCUUCUCAUCAUAGUGAUUCUAAUUCAUCUUCUGAGAAACACAUGUCACGAGCCUCACAAAGAGAAGGAAUUUCACCACGAAACAGUCUUGAAGUCUUAACCCCUGAAGUUCCUGGUGAGAGAGACCGUGGAAAUUGCAUCACAUCGUUACAGCUGCACCCAAAAGGCUGGGCCACUCUUCUUCGGUGCUCAAGCAACACUGAUGAUCAGGAGUGGACUUGUGUCUAUGAAUUCCAAGAAGGAGCCCCCGUGCGACCAGUCUCACCUCGCUGUUCUCUACGACUGACUCAUUACAUUGAAGAAGCCAACGUAGGCAGGGGUUAUAUCAAAGAACUUUGCUUCAGCCCUGAUGGGCGAAUGAUUUCUUCCCCACAUGGCUAUGGGAUUCGCUUGUUGGGAUUUGACAAACAGUGCAGUGAACUUAUUGACUGUUUGCCCAAAGAAGCCAGUCCCCUGCGGGUGAUCCGUUCUCUGUACUCUCAUAAUGAUGUGGUACUGACGACAAAGUUCUCUCCAACACAUUGUCAGAUCGCCUCCGGGUGCCUUAGUGGACGGGUUUCUUUGUAUCAGCCAAAGUUUUAGGCACAACUUACAUCAAAUAAGGAACUCUUCUGGUGUUUGAAUUAUAUAUUACUUCAAUUUAGGUGAAGUAUUUUCUUUUUAGAAGAUCUUAAAAGUUUGGGUCAAGAUCCUAGUUCUUACGGGUCCAUGAACACACCUGUGACCUGAGUACUUGGUCGUCCAGCAUCACAGGGGCAUCGCCAAGUUAGACUCCAGGCAGCACCAUCUUUUGCAGCAUUCCUAGGCUCCUGCUGAUCUGUGCCACUGAACUCCAGUUCUGCUGGUUGUUUUGCAUGGUAGCUCUUGUCAAGUUUCUUUCUUUUAAUUCUCUUUUCUGUUUUUCGAUUUUGGUAUGAAUUUUGUGGACAUUUGGCAGGAGUUUUGGUUGGAUUAGGAGAAACUCGUGAUGCUAGUGUUGAAUAAAACCUAGAAGUUUGAUGUUGGCAUACUGGUUGAAAAGAAAUUUCAUCUUAUCAGUAUACUUGGCCUUUUAAAGUUGCUGUUGUUUCUCUAUAAUGAGCACAGAUAAUGGCAUUAUUCUUACAAAUGUUAUAGUUUUGCAGCAAAAUGUCUUUUAAGUUUCCUGUUAAAAUUAUACAUAUUUUUCACUGUGAGAGGGAUUUUGUUGUGAAAUUCUAGAAAAAAAAUUACCACCUCUCUUUGUAGUUUAUUUGUAUGAACUUUUAAAUCUGUAGCAUGUGUCCUUACUUGGUAUUUUGUUCCUGUCAACAGCAUUAGAAAGGAAAAGAGAAGGAAUGGGCUUUGGUCAUUUCUAUUGUAUAGAAGAGGAUUUAUUUAUUAGAUUAUACUUUCUAUCUGGCCACAGAGUGAUGAGAACAAUGUGGCUUAGAUUUUCUGUUUCCUCUGCCAGAUUAUUUAAAUCACAGAGGAUGACAGGUGGAGGGAAAAUCGAGAGUAAAAACGUUGUGUUUUUCUCAUUUUCCUUGAGCUUAACUCUCUUACCAUUUAUGAAGGGAGAACUGUGAUUGUCUUCAAGCUGUUGUCAUAACUGUGGUGGUCCGUGACUUGGGUGUCAUGACUAAGACCUUUUGUUGUGUUUUGUUAUGGAACACAGCAAGUACAAAGCAUCACGCAGGGGCCAGGCAUAAGGCUGACUACUCUGCUGAAGUAAGCAGCUUUUUUCUAGUCUCCUCCACUUGGAAUGGGACUGUCCUGAGAAGAGAUUUGCCAGAGGCUGGAGUAAUUUGAGCCACAUGCUAGCUUUUUCCCUCUUAGAACACAUUCUCUUAGGCCAGUGGUUCUCAAACAUUAGGGUGCAUUAUAAUCACUGGGGAGCUUGUGAAAAAUAGAGAAACCUGGCCCUCACCUUAGGAGGUUCUGAUUCAGCCAGGGAGAGGACAGGAAUCUGUAUUUUUAACACGAACCCCAAGUAAUCUGUAUUCAGGUGGUUCCUGGAUCACAGCUUCAAAUAUUACUACCUUAAACAUCAGUAAAUAUUUCUGUACCCAUCAGGUGCUUAACACAACUCCCAGAAGGUGUUUUGAUUAUUAAAAAAAUAAGCAAAUAAAAGCAAUUUUAGAGGUAGAAAGUAACUUAAAAUGGACUCAAUCUCGUUAUUAGAUGAAUGAGAGAAGUUAAGUGACUUGCCUAAAGUCAUCCUGCAAAAUUAGUGGCAGAGCCAGGACUUGAAUUCAAGUCUCUUAAUUCCUUGCUCAGGGCCAUUUCUACUGUAUUAUGCUGGCUGUUAAAACAAUGACUUAUGAACACUUCUUUUGUCUUUAAGUUGUAUUAUUGUGAAUA